GAAGACUGGCUUACAAACACAAGCAUGGAGGAACUAAAUCUUCUUUGCUCAUACUAGGUACAAAAAUGUUUUGCUCAUCAAGUUCUUCAAAUGUAGUGCGUCAAAAGCAUAUUCUAACAUAUAUGCAUAUAUAAAAGGAGUUAUAGGAAAGAAAAAGAAAGAUGCCAGAGUAAACAAUUUAGCUGGCUACACAAACAUAUUAAUAUUAAUCAUUAAUCACAACAUAGUUGAUUGAAUUAAUUUGCGCAUGCAGUACUGUUGUUUACCUUUUGGGUUUCUGUUGCAGUUGCAUUUGGUUUCGAGAAUAUGGCAAACUUUGCGCUUGCAGUAAACUUGAUUACGUAUUUCAAUUCUGUGAUGCACUUUGAACUAGCCGAUGCAGCCAAUCAGUUGACGAAUUACAUGGGCACUGGUUAUAUUCUCUCUAUUUUGAUGGCUAUUCUCGCAGACACAUACUUGGGCAGAGUCAAAAUUGUCAUAAUUUCUGGCUGCCUUGAGUUUCUGGUUCGUCUAACUUCACUAGCUUUACUUUGCCGCCCAGCCUAUUACCAUGCAAAUAUAUUCUAAACUAUAACUGAUAAUACAGGCGCUAAUAUUGCUCAUGAUACAAGCUCACUACCCGAAGCUCAAGCCAUCGCCUUGCAAUAUGUUUGAUAAACAAUCCCAUUGUGAGACAGUUGAAGGAAGAAGUGCUGCCCUGCUCUAUAUUGCUCUCUACAUAUUGGCAAUUGGUACUGCAGGUAUUAAGGCUGCAUUACCGUCACAUGGUGCUGAUCAAUUUGAUGAAAAAGACCCCAAAGAGGCGAUGCAAAUGUCCAGCUUCUUCAACAAACUCUUGCUAGGAGUUUGUGUCGGCGGUGCUGCUAGUUUAACUCUAAUUGUUUGGAUUCAGGACUACAAAGGUUGGGACUGGGGUUUAGGGGUAUCUUCUGCAGCCAUGUUCUUUAGUAUAGUCAUCUUUGCUGCCGGAUUGCCACUGUACCGAAUGCAUAUUGUUUCUGGGUCUAGUACAAUCCUCCAAAUUCUACAAGUAUGUACAUACCAACAAGCAAAAUCAAGAGUCUUUUGAGGCAAAUAUAUCAUUACUUAUGUCCAAAUGAAUGUUCUUUUCAGGUAUAUGUUGCAGCCAUCCGUAAUAGAAAACUUAUUCUUCCCGAAGAUUCUGCAUAUCUUUAUGAGAUUGAAAGAGACAAGGAGGCUGCUGUUGAAGAAGACUUCUUGCCUCAUAGAAACAUUUACAGGUUUUAUACAUAAAACCUUACAUAAAUUUUCUGCUUUCGCAGUCCAAUAAUAGUAUUAAAAUAUGUAUACUUAUACAGGUUUUUAGACAAGGCGGCAAUUCAACAAACACCUUCUAGGCAAGUUGAAAAACCCGAAGCUUCGAGUCCAUGGAAACUAUGCACAGUUACCC